AUGGAAAACGGCUUAGAUUUCAAUCGUUGGCGGAAUCUAGGAAUUAACGACAUUACCGCACUGCUUCUUAUUUUUAAUUGUAAUCAAUCUUUGCUUCAGUGGUUAUUUUUUCAAUUUAUUUGUAAUGGUUUCUUUUAUACAGAUGAUAGAUGUGAGCAUAAACAUGAGGGUUUGGUAUUGUUGAGAAAAUGGGAAUGUACAAAAACAGCCAGUGAAAUGCCUGUCGUGAAUCGUGUCCUGCUUAUUCGUAUUUUGAUUGGUCGGACAAUUGAAACUGAUGAUGGAGUUUCAUACAAACCCGCUCGGAUGAAUGUGUGUAUUUAA